UUGUUUUGGCGGGUCGUCAACAUCAGUUAUAACAUAACCUCAAAAAUAAUUUGACAUGUUUACAAUCAGGAUCAGAAGAUAAUUUACAAAAUGACUAAUUAUAAUACAAUAACAGUUGUUCACGUUAAAAAAUUAAAUCAUACAAUAGAGGAAAUAAGACUGAGAGCUUUGGAUAAUAUUAUUUCCAAAUUUAAUCUCGGUUUUGGUUGUGAUUGCGAUGCUGUCAAAAAGGAAUUGCUCGUUAAACUUAUUAAUUGGUUUUCAUUUGAAAUUGUUCCCUGUCCGGAGAAAGUACUCGAUUUAUUGCUUAAAUUAAUAAAGACAAGCGGUUCGAGUUAUUUAAACGCUUUCGGAAAAUUACGAUUUCAAAAUGAACUUCAAACACUGAGAAAGAAAAUUGGUGGCAAAUGGCAGGAGAAAUUAAAUGAAAUCGAAGAAACAGUGGUGAAUUUAAAGGAAGAUACAUUGGAUUCAACUCUUAAUGUUACAAAGGCACCAAAUGGAGUAAAUAUUUAUCGAAAUGAAUGUAUAGAUAGCAACGAUUAUCAGUAUCGAAACGAUGGACCAAAAAUGCAAGAGCAAUUUAAUUCUAUUCUCCCCUCGACGUUAGAUAAUUCAGUGCCAUUUGAUUUGACUCUACAAUGCGGAAGUGGAACGAUUGUUUCGAAAAAAAUUGAAGGCGGUAUAAAGUGGUUGGUGAUGCCCUGGCAACCGUUGGUUCCUUCGGACAAAGGAGUUUUGUCCGCUGUUGAGGACACACUCGCAAACACUCUCGAGACAAAUCUUAUUUUACACACUUGUCAAUUUAUCACAAACGUUAUGCUACAAGAUUUUCCCGCCGAAGUUUUUCUUCAAAGACCGUCAAUAGUUUUGGUGCUGCAUGCUUUGCUCAACUCGAGCGAUAUCGACACUAAUGCUAAUUUAAAAGACGUGAUACUGGUGGUUUUAAAGGCCUUGCAUAAAUUAACGAGAUCCCUUAGAUUUAGAAUUUAUUAUUACUGCGAUCCCUGCGUUGCAAAUAGAAAGCAAAAGGAAUUAUCGAGAAACUUAGAGAGUAAUAAUUACGCUUCCUCCGAGGACAGAGACAGUCCGGAUGGAGGUUUAUUGGAAGCCAAUUAUCAAGUUUAUCAAUCAGCCGGAACGAGCGACAGAAGUCAGAGUGUAAUUGGAAAUGUUGACGAUUCAGUUUUGCAACUACAACAAAUGUUAAUCCCGACAUAUUGCGUGGAAUCGUUUAUGAGAGUAAUUUCACUAUUGAGUCUACCGGACGAUCCAAAACGACCAUUAAAAAUUAAUAAACAAAUAACUGAUUUAAGCUAUGAAUUAGUUCAACUAUUGACGUUGAGCGUAAUGCCAAAUAUUUGGCUAUGCAACGAUGGUGUUGCUUUGAAAUUACAGGAAGAACUCAAGGAAAUGUUGAAAUUAUUGAGUGAGGUUGUCGAUUAUUUUGGCAAUUACAGCAGCGUUGAUCACUGUCGUAUCACUUAUUUACAUUUAAUCACAAUUGUCACGAAACUAUUGAGUAAUAUCGUUCCACUUGAAUUGGCCGACGUUAUUUUACCAAAAGAAUUGAAAUUAACAAUUUGCGUCGCCUGCAUGGACGCGUCUAUUUAUUUGAUGUAUCCUUCGUUGCAUGUUUUGUUGCAAGAUUACGCGAGGCAAUUUUGUGGCAAUGAAGAAGUGGAGUGCGUUAAAUUAUUGGACGAAACUCGACAAAUUAUCAAGUCAAUGAAGGCCGCAUUGUUGUUGUUAAAAAAUUCUCCCGAUGAGAGAAAUGCAGAAACUCUAAAAAUGAUAUACGCCUCAAAAUUGAGUCUUUCCUAUCACAAGAAUUUGAGACUCAUUAAAGUCAUUGUUUCCUUUCUACAACGAAUAAAAGAAUAUAAACUCGAUUCGGAGGAGCGGAAAAUUGUGACAAAAUUAACGGCUGGCUUAUUUGCUUACGGAGAUUUGGAAAUUCAAUGCGCCAUGUACGAAGAAUGCCACUCGACUGUUGUCUCAAUUUUAGGCGUAGAAUUCACAAGAGACAAACGAUCUUGGGAGAUUUUGGGGUUUUUAUUCGAACCAACAAUCGUGACAGAAAUAAUUUGUCACGGUGUAACGCACGAAAAUAAAAAGAUCAGAAACAUGGCAGAGGAAAUGUUGCUGUACAUUUUAAAGGGAAAAAUACAAAUUGGUGAGACAGGUUGGAUGAAAAUUUUAGAAUCCAUCCUUCCUGUUCUGCCUCUUUUGCAAUGUUUCUCAAACACUGAUUCCUCGCUCGGACAAUGUGUUUUAAAAAUGCUCGAUCCCGAUGUUUCCAAUGAUAUUCAACUUCCUUAUAUUGAGGUUUUAAAGGGAAAUUUGAGACUUCUUUUUGCUUCUGAUCCAGAAGUAAGGGAGGAGGCAGUUUGUCGAUUAAUUUGGUUGCUUGGUAAAGAAAAUGGUUCCAUGCAAAAAUUACCGAAAUUAUCAUCUUUGCAUGGAUUGCCAUUGAAUUCUCUUUGUAUUUUCGAACGGAUUGUUCCCUUCAAACGACCCGAUGGCAGUUAUCAAAGAAGCAGUUUAUUUUCUGUUCUUGAAAUGCUAAAAACUUCAAAUGUUGAGCCAAAAAUAAGAAAAUCGGCUUUAAUUCAAGUCAGUGUUAUGAUGACCGAUGUUUCUUUACACAAACUUUUCGUCGCCGAGAAUGGUCUACAAAUAAUAUUGGAGAUAUUUUCAAGUGCUUUGGUCGAAAAGGAUUAUUACAAUUAUCCAGAUUCUGUGAUACCAAUUCUGACAAUUUUACGAUUAAUUUGCGCCUCUGAAUCUUCAAUUCGUCGUGAAUUAUCGACUAGAAUUGAUUUGUAUUUCAAUAUCCUUCGAAGUUUAUUUCUCUUUCCCAAUAACGAAUCAGUGAAAAUUGACGCAUCUCAACUUUUGUGUCUUCUCAUCUACAAUGAAUUUAUUAUAAGAUUGGGCGAAAAGUACAUCGAUAAAAAUAAUCCACUGAAUAUUUCUCUGCCUCAUUUAAUAGCAAAGCAAAUGAAACUUCCAUUUUUGUGUAAAAAUCAUUGGAAGUCGAGUGUUCAUCGAAGAUCUGAUGUCGCUGUUCUUCAUGGCAGCAAUAAUUUGGCGAUCAGUUUCGUGCGAAUAUUCUGGGCCUGGGAAUAUAAUGGAGGGAGGAAAAUCUUAUGGAAAUCAUGGGAGGACGUGAACGAUCGCGAUAUUGCGGAAAAAUUAAUGAUUCGCGAAUUUGAAUUCACAUCAUUGCAAUUUAGUUGCGCAUUUUUUCAAUCUCAACAACAAUUGCGUAAUAUUCAAAAUUCCACAACUCACGACGGAGUUUCCUCUGCACUCGAUUAUUUAACAAUGUACAUGAGAUUGUAUCACAUGAUGACUUACGAAAAUUUAGAAGACAUCAGCGAAUUAUCCUGGGGACAGUCGUUCGAACGUUUUCUACUUUCCCACCCAUCGAGUCGUGAGGAUUGCGAACUAUUUGUGAAUGUUUUAAAUUUCCUCUACGUCUACGUUAAUCAAAUUAAAAAUGGAAAAACUGGAUGGUUAUGUAAAAUAAUGAAGAAUAUGACAAAAUCAUUGUCUGAUUUAUUGAGGAGUUUAGACACUGCCAAUCAAGAUGUUCAUCAAUCUGUUUUACGAUUAGCGAGAUCGUGUUCGGCGAGCGAGGAAUAUGCAAUUGAGGAGGAUGAAUCACAGGACUCGUGGAUUAAUUUCAUUGAACUUGUCGUUUCUAAUUUGUGUUUUGGCGAUCAACAGCAUUUUUACAAUUUGGCUUAUCUCGAUUGGCUUUUGACUUGUUUAACGUAUUUAAUUGGCAAAUGCCAGUGGCACGGUCAUAAGAAAGUUCUCAUAAAUCUCGGAAAUGCACUAAUUGAACUUAUCAUUUCAUUCCAUGGUGCGGGGACUGUCAGUUUUAUGGGACUCUCGAUUACCAGAAAUUCGAUAAUUUGCCUCAAUCAUUUACUGCAUCAGAUGCAAAUUAAUUUGACGAAAAGUUCUUGGACGACUUUUUGGUAUGAGGAGGGAAGAUCAUUGAGUUGGUUGCCAAUGUUGUGGAAAAAUAGAGAUCCAUUAGUGCGCGCGUCAGCAUUUCAAUUACUCGCUGGUUUAAUUAGUGGAAUGCAUACAGCUUCGCAACUUUUAAAUGCCGUUGUUCUUGCUCCAAGUGAAUUAUGUCAUUCUCUCAUUUAUUGCAUAACAAAUCAAAAAGAAUGCUGCAUCGUUAAAGAGGAAGCGUGCAUUGCAUUGAGUAAUUUGAUUAAAAAUUGCAAUACCUCCGCUUAUCAAUAUGUGGAUUCUUUAAAACCAAACGCGAUAAUUAUUUACAUUGAGCAAAGUAAUUUUUACUAUGAAAUAAGUGCUCUCUGCUCAAAUUGCUACGUUCGCUCUUCUUUAGAUCCUGAAUCGUUAAAUUUUGAAGAAAAUGAAAAUGAAAUUUCAAAAACUCAAUCGGCCGAAACUUCGAGUAUUUCAUUGGUACCGAGAGCCAUUUCCUAUCUCUAUAAUUGUCCAGAAGAUCUACAAAUUCUUUCUUUGAAAGACUCGGAAAUAAUGGAAGAAGAGAAUUAUCCUCACUUUGUGGCAACACCGUCUCUAAUUUCUUCUCUUUGCAAUUUAUUAAAUAGUUUAAUAAUUGUUGGAGAACAUGAAGUAAUACAACAAAUUUACGAACAUUCAAUGGACAAGUAUUUAUUCAGUUGCUUUAAGGAAAUUCCGCAAAAUAUCGAAUGUAAAAAAAGUUUGGAAAAUUAUUGCGAUAUUUUGGAAAUGUACACGAGUCUUUGUACAGUUUUGACGAAUUGCAUCACUCACAGCAAUGAAUUUGCAUCGGUUGUUUCAUAUUCACCAGAUUCGAUUUAUUUGCUCCUCUCAUUUCUCGACAAGAAACUUUAUUACACAGUAAGUCCAAGAUUAAUUUAUCUACGAAAUCGAUUUUGGAUAGAAGUCUACAAUUUCCUCGCCGUUCUCUCCCUCACCGAAAAUCAACAUCUCGAAACAAUACAAACGGCAUUAGAAUUAUAUAAUCCGGAAAUAAUUAUCAAUUCAAUUUACGAGGCAAUGAAAAAUUCAGCGUCAGAAUUGCAAAUGAGUGCAAUUGGAUGUCUCGCAUUUUUAUUGUCGCAAGAAUUACAGAAAGACAUUAAAAAGGGGAGUUUCUCAUUGAAGGAUGUACUUGACACAAGUAACACGUCAUUGGCAAUUAAAAACAAUGAUAAUUACACAAUGCAACAAGUUUUAUCCAAUGUCAAUAAACUUUCGAUAAGAAAUUCAAAUUUACACGGUAGAAAAUCGAAUGAAGAGGAAAAAAUUCCAAUCGGCAAUAAUAAAACUAUGACAAUUGGUUCUGAAAUAUGUAAAAUACUUUUACAUUUAUUUAUUGCGCACAGCUAUGCAAAAACAAAGAAGGCCGAUAAACAAUCAAGGGACAAGGAUCUCAUUGUUGGAGCACUGACGAAUUUACUCUGCGUUUCGGAUGAGGCAAAAAAUGUCGCAAUUGAGGAAAAUUUACUCGAAACUUCCCUCAUGAUGCUUAAGGAAUUGUACGUGAAACUUAAUCUUCAACCGUUUGAAUUGUACAGAAGUCAGACUGAUCGUGAAAAGAAGGUUCAUCCUCUUUUACAUGAAGUGAAUGCUAUUUUUGUAUUAUUAAUGAAUUUCAUGUACAAGAGCAUUCAGGUUAAGGAAAUAUUCGCGAAAGCUGGUUUAGCUGACGUUUUACAUAAAUUAUGGGCCUGGAUUGCUCUACACAAAAGCGUUUUAAUAUCAGGCUUGAAACUGAUUGCUACUUUUACUACCGAUUGCCCUGAAGCCGCUCAAUCUUUGCCAUUGACGACGACAUUACCGGGAACGGGACUUCGAAAAACGCCAAAUACCGUUGCUUUGAUUCAUGUUAUCAUUCAUUUGGUUUGCAAGGAAAUUGAAAAGGCAGGUCAAUUGUUUGAGAACGAAAAAUUGCAUUUUGCUUUUCAUGCGCUGAGAAAUUCGGUUCACAAUCACGAGUGUCGAGUUGCGAUUUCAAAGAGCAACCUUUUGCAAUUUUUCAUGAAAAUUCAUCCGGCGAGUACAAAAAGAGUGAAACCGUGGCCUUUAGUUGAAAUCUACUGUCUUGAAUUUCUUAUUGACUUUACAUAUUACGAGGAAGGACAAUUGAGUGUUUCGAAAGCUGUUGAUGGUUUGGAUGUUCUUAUACAAUUGGCACGAUGUUCCACUCCCUCGACACGGAUUUUAUCAUUGUCAACCCUCAGAAAUGUGGCGUUUAAUGUAACGAAUCGACCACGACUUUUAACAUCAGUCGACUUUAUAAAUCUCCUUCACACAACAUUCAAAACUGGCUCAACUGCCGAAAUUGGAGUCGUUGGCUCAAUGCUAUGGUCCCUAAUUAGUAACAAUCAAAAGGGAAAAUUGAUAGCUCGAAGUACGGGAUUCGCUCAGAGUAUUCAGGAAGUACUCGGCAAAUUAACACUGAUAACAGUGCCUGAAGAAAAUCAAGAGAAAGAUUUAAUAAAAAUGCUACAGUACAUAAUACAGAUUUUAAGUCCCGGCGAAAAUAAAAACGAUCCCAGCUAAUACAUUUUUUGCCCACAGAGAAACGAAUCAAAAAAAAAUUUCCAAUACAUAUGUAUUAAAAUUUUUUAAAGAUUUUAAAAAAAUUUUCAAUACUUAUGUAUUAAAAAUUUCUUUUUCUGUAAAUACAUUUCUGUACUCAGGUUCAAGUUUAAAUUAUUCUACGAUGCCUUAAUUAUUGUGAAACGAAAUGAAAAUGAGAAAAUAUUAAGAAAAAGGGUGCGAUUGUACUUUUUCUAUCUAUUAAUUGACUUUACGAUAGUUGUGAGUGCAAAAGAAAAUGUCAAAUGAUUUUUUUAAACGAACGUGAAAAUGUGAAAUUAUAUUUUGAUGAUGGAUGUUAAAUUUUAGAUAGUAACGAAUUUUAAAAGAGCGACUGAUUAUUUUUUAAACUAUUUUAUAAUUAAUUAACGCUUGUAUUUUAAUACAAAACAUUUUUUUAAUAUUUAAAAUAAUAAAAUGCGAAAAUUCAGCAAAC